AUGAAGACCACGCCGCAGAAGCGCAAAAGAGCACCUACCCGAUCCAAAAGCUCUUCUGCAUCAAAAGCUUCUGCUCAGAACGCGGCAUAUACUGGAACUCAAGAUCCUGUCUCUCCGUCACCUCCCAACGACACUCCAGGCGAGACUUCAUCGAAGCUCAGGAUCACCCUCGAGGACCAACAGCCUCCAAUUUCCGGAGCCAAAGCGAAGUUGACUGCGCCUCAACUCGUCUCUCCUAAUAUUGACAACAGUUUUCAGAAUGCGAGGAGUAGUCCUGCGACUCCAUCGCCUGCCGAAGGAGACUCUGGCAUCUCGCUUCCCAGUCCGGAAAAGGAAAUAGUCCUUGCAAGGAAAAACUACCAUGAUCUUUCUGCGGAGCCUGAAGUCUCAGCCAAUGCUGCCGACAAGGGGAACCAAGUUCUCAAAGAGCAUGUUAUCACAAAGCCUGCCACAGGACCCGCUCCACAGCCUCCUAUUGAUAUGUUGGAUUCUCCUUCUUUUAUCGAUCUUCCCCACAACCUAGGAAGGGUCCCACCCUCUAUUCCGGCUGGCUCCGCUGGGUCGUUCGGUGGCCCUAUCGAAGACAUUCAGCCUUUGUCUCUCAAUGAGAUUAAUUUCAACGACCCAAUUGCGGAUAUCCAACCUCCGGUUGAUACUGCCGUGCCGGUCCCAGCUCACGGUGCAAAUACGACGACCAAAAAGACCAAGAACUCCACCUACGGUUUAACUCCGGGUCGAACUCCGUACCCUAAGUUCAAAGCUCCGUCAGCUGCAGCUUGCAAGAAGGUCAAUGACCUGCUGUCGAAGAUACAUGGAGAAGUUAUUGCACCCCAGACGAUUCCGGAUCCUUCACUUACCAUCACUGGCUGCGGAGAAGUUCCCUCGGUGUUAGAUGCCCUGAUCCGCACGCUCCUCAGUGGUGCCACCACUGGAAGCAAUUCUGCUAGAGCUUUCAACGGGCUUGUGCAGCGGUUUGGCACGCUUACGGAGGGCAUUGGCCAAGGCAGCGUGAACUGGGAUGCCGUUCGACAGGCUUCAUUACAGGACGUCUUCAAAGCAAUCCAGAGCGGCGGUUUGGCAGACAUCAAAAGUAAAAACCUGAAAGCCCUCCUGGAUCAAGUCUACGAAGAAAACCAGGAACGCAAAAAUCGCCAUAUGUCAGAGAAUUCAUCUCCUACUAGCGACAGUGUGCAGCCAAGGGUGUCUGACCAAGCCACAGAGGCUGAAGAGGUCAAGCAGUACGAUAUAGCCAGCGCGAAUGAGCACUAUCUCAAUCUUCAAUACAUCCACAAAUACAAGACGAGUAAGGCGUUAAAAGCACUAAUCAGAUAUCCCGGCAUCGGACCCAAGACGGCCGCCUGCGUGCUUCUUUUCUGUCUUCAGCGCCCAUGCUUUGCGGUCGAUACCCAUAUCUUCCGCAUCUGCAAGUGGUUAGGCUGGGUGCCCAAAACAGCCAAUGAAAUUACCGCCUUCAGCCAUUUGGACGUGAGGAUUCCUGAUGAGUUCAAAUACUCUCUUCACCAACUGCUUAUCAAGCACGGCAAAGAAUGCCCACGUUGCCGCGCUAUCACCAGCCCCGCGAGUGCAGAUUGGGGCAAAGGUUGUGCCAUUGAAGCCCUGGUUAAACGAACAGGGAAAAGGAAGGGAGGUCCACCUAGUCGGAAGACCAGUCUUCAGUCGAAGGCUACCAAAGUGGAGCCAGCAAGUCGAGCUUCAAAGAGGGUUGCAGGAACUGCAAAGAAAUCCACCAAGGAAGGUGCACCCCGUGCGACCAUCAAAACUGCCCAGAAGAAAGCAAAAGCCACCAGUGCUACAAAGAAGGCUGCAGGGAAAACAACGCAACAAACGAAGAAGCGAAAGAUUCCUGCUCCCACCGCCGCUCCGUCUCGAAGGUCUGCACGGGUACAGAACUUGAUCGUGAAACAGAAUGGUGAGAAGGGUUCGGAUUUCAAGCCUUGA